UAAUAACAUCGCAUGAUAAAAUUCCGAUUUCAUAUGAGAAUAUGUAUAGCCAUUCAAAAUUGUAAGGAUUAGAUAUAUGUGCGACUUCCAAUCUUAUCUUUUCCUCCAUCAACUUGUCUCUCACUCUCAAUAAAUACAACCUACUCCAACCUCAAAUUUGUCCUCAACAAAGCAUUCUUAGAUUAAUAAAUCAUUACUACUAUUCAAAUGUGUGCGAUGACAAUGGGCACAAAUCUGAGCAGACUUCAAAUGAAAAGCAAAGCUCCCCAAGUAGUUGAGGAAAUUGAGGGCCUCAUUAAGGUAUACAACGACGGCCACGUGGAGCGCCCCGAAAUCGUGCCAAAUGUCGGGUGCUCAUUGGCCCCUGACCUCGGGGUCGCUUGCCGCGACGCCAUCAUCGACAAGUACACCAAUCUCUGGGCACGUAUCUACGUCCCAACCUCCGCCAACAAACUGCCCUUGCUCCUCUACUUCCACGGCGGCGGAUUCUGCCUCGGCGCCGCCUCCUGGAGCUGCUACCACGAACUACUCGCCAAGCUCGCCUCCAGAGCCGCCUGCGCCGUCGUCUCCGUCAACUACAGGCUGGCGCCGGAGCACCCCCUCCCAGCGGCCUACGACGACGGCGUCAAGGCGGGGGUAUGGGCGAAGCAGCAGGAGUUCGCCGGCGGCAGAGAGUGGUGGGCCGGCAGAUGCGAUUUCUCUAGAAUCUUCCUCGGCGGCGACAGCGCCGGCGCGAACAUCGCUUAUAAUGUGGGGCUGAGGGCGAAUUCAAUCGGCGUCGGAGUCAAGGGUUUGGUAUUGAUGCAGCCGUUUUUCGGGGGCGAGGCGCGGACGGGGUCGGAGAUGCGCAUGGCUCAGGCGCCGAGGUCGGCGCUGACGCUGGCGGCGUCCGACGCGUACUGGCGGAUGGCGCUGCCGGAGGGGGCGGGACGCGACCACCCGUGGUGCAGUGCGGGAUCGGGGGCGGAGCUGCGGCGGGCGGGGGCGCCGGUGUUGGUUUGCGUGGCGGAGGCGGAUGUGUUGAGGGAUCGGAAUUUGGAAUUUUGCGGCGGUUUGGCGAGGGAAGGGGUGAGGGUGGAGCAAGUGGUGAGUAAAGGCGUUGGGCAUGCUUUUCAGAUUCUGAAUAAGUCGCAUUUGGGUCAAACGCGUCUUCAUGAGUUGUUGUCGUAUGUAAAGAAUUUUGUGGGUAGAUCAUAGAUGAUACGAAUAUGAGUGGAAUUUCUUGGCCUCUCACCUUUUUUAUGCCUUGUUUGUAAUUGGUGUUAGAAUUAGAGAGUGAUUGAGAAGCUUUUUACAAAACAGUAAAUAUAUGGGGGACAAUAUAUGUUUUAAAAAUCAGACAGAACUAUCCGGUCCUACCACAAACUGAGGGUAGUCCGAUCCGAUUCAAUACUUAAAACCAUCCGUAUGUUAAACUGUUGUGAACCAGUGAAACCCGACCGUUGGAAGGCAGAAAACUAUCAAUUUUGUAAACUGCACUGCACCCUCCGUCCCUUAAAAGAUGUCUCAAUUUAUUUUUUAGUUUUUCCAAUUGAAGAUGUCAUAUUUUUUU